UCCUGUCUAGAGUGGAGCUCCAGUCUGCAGCCAGACCCUUCUCAGCCUAUUUGCUUCCUCCUGAGCCUUGCUGGAAAUACAUUUUCCUAAGCUAUUGUUCCUGCCCAGAGGUUCUCCUGGGAUUCCUGAUUUGCACCUCAGCCACUCCUCCAAGACUUCCUCAGCCUUCUGUUUCCGCUCGGGUGACGUCAUCUCCAGCUGUACUCUUCCUGGUUUCCCCUGCUGCCUUCUCUCGGGGUUCAGCUGCACAUUUCUUGUGAUUCCUCUAACUUCAGUGGCAGAGACUUCCUCACCUAACACGCAAGUUAACCCCUCCUGAUCUCCUCCUCGCCUGCAAUGUGAAGAUGACCCAAGGGAAGAAGAAGAAGCGAGUGAACCGCAGUAUACUCCUUGCCAAGAAAAUUAUCAUCAAAGAUGGUGGCACACCUCAGGGUAUAGGCUCUCCCAGUGUGUAUCAUGCCGUCAUUGUGAUUUUUCUGGAGUUCUUCGCCUGGGGCCUCUUGACUGCUCCAACCUUGGUGGUUCUACAUGAGACGUUCCCUAAGCACACCUUCCUUAUGAACGGGCUGAUUCAGGGGGUGAAGGGUUUGCUGUCAUUCCUUAGUGCUCCCCUGAUAGGGGCACUGUCGGACGUAUGGGGGAGAAAAUCCUUCCUGCUGCUAACCGUUUUCUUCACAUGUGCUCCCAUUCCUCUAAUGAAGAUCAGCCCAUGGUGGUAUUUUGCUGUUAUAUCUGUAUCAGGUGUGUUUGCUGUCACCUUCUCAGUGGUAUUUGCUUACGUGGCUGAUAUAACGCAGGAACAUGAGCGCAGUAUGGCAUACGGCCUGGUUUCUGCCACGUUUGCGGCCAGCUUGGUCACAAGUCCAGCUAUUGGUGCCUAUCUGAGCCGCAUUUACGGUGAUAACCUUGUGGUACUGCUGGCCACAGCCAUUGCGCUACUGGAUAUCUGCUUCAUACUAGUGGCUGUCCCCGAGUCGCUUCCUGAGAAAAUGAGACCGGCCUCUUGGGGAGCUCCAAUCUCCUGGGAACAGGCUGACCCCUUUGCUUCUCUGAAGAAGGUCGGCCAGGAUUCCAUUGUGCUGCUCAUCUGUAUAACGGUUUUCCUCUCCUACCUCCCAGAGGCCGGACAGUACUCCAGCUUCUUCCUGUACCUUAGGCAGAUCAUGCACUUUUCCCCAGAGAGUGUUGCUGCGUUUAUAGCUGUUCUGGGAAUUCUCUCCAUUAUUGCACAGACCAUUGUGUUAAGUUUACUGAUGAGAUCUAUUGGCAACAAGAACACUAUCCUCCUGGGACUGGGCUUCCAGAUAUUGCAGCUGGCCUGGUAUGGCUUUGGAUCAGAGCCUUGGAUGAUGUGGGCUGCAGGAGCAGUUGCCGCCAUGUCCAGCAUAACAUUCCCAGCUGUUAGUGCUUUAGUUUCACGAACUGCUGAUGCCGACCAGCAAGGGGUUGUGCAGGGAAUGAUCACAGGAAUUCGUGGUCUGUGUAACGGACUGGGGCCUGCCCUUUACGGGUUUAUAUUUUAUAUAUUUCAUGUGGAGCUGGAUGAAAUUCCUAUCACAGAAGUGGAGAAGGUUACUGCACAGCACUCCCAGCAGAAUUCCAUCAUUCCGGGUCCACCAUUCCUGUUUGGCGCUUGCUCUGUGCUGCUGGCACUGCUUGUAGCUUUAUUUAUUCCCGAACACACCAAUCUGAACGCUCGCAGCAGUAACUGGAAGAAGCAUGGGGCUGGGCACAGUCACCCUCACAGCCCUCCAGCACCUGGUGAGGGCAAGGAACCUCUGUUACAGGAUACAAACGUAUGACAUUUGCCUGCAUACCUCUAUCUGGCCUGUGCUGCUAAUAGAUGCAUUCCUGCCCUACAGUUGGUACCAGUUAGACACUUGCCCCACUCUUAGUGCCAGCUGGACAACCACUGAUGCGGGGCAUCUGCUCUGUGUUCUCAUCUUGUUUAUGGCACUAAAACUAUGGGAGAUAUCUUGUGCAGGGUUGUCUUGUAGUGUCGCUUGGAUACAGAGCAGGUGAAGCCGGCAGGCAAGACGUGCUCUUUUCACCCUUAACUAGGUUAUAUAUAUCAGUUUUUUAAUCAAAGCCAAAGUCUCUGCAUCUUUGUAUUGUGCUUCUUGUAUUGCAGUGAACCUUUUUAUUCACAGCAACAUCUACAAGACUAGUGGCUUAUCAUUUCCAGGACUUUCUGUCAAGCUGGCAGCUGAGCAGGGCUCACCCCUAGUAUGGGCUCACCCCUAGUAUGGGCUCACCCCUAGUAUGGGCUCACUCCUAGUAUGGGCUCACCCCUAGUAUGGGCUCACCCCUAGUAUGGGCUCACCCCUAGUAUGGGCUCUGUUUCGGUGCUGACAUUUUUGGACCUGUAUGAACUUUCUUCUGACAUUUUGUCAUUUAGACAUAAAAACUGAAAGCCUUAACAGUGAAUGUGCAACCCAGACACACAAUUCCCCUUCACUGCCAAGCGACUGGUUUGUUUUGCCAUUCAUUGGGUAUCGCUAAACACCUGUUACAUACGUGGUUUACCUGAUGUUCAGAUAGCAGAAGCCUCUGGAAACCUCCUUCCUUCAGAGACCCUUUUCCAGCAACAGCAGUGUUUUAUUCACCACAUACACAACGCUCUCAAACCACUAGUUGUCGGAUGAGUACUCUACUUGAAUACAGCCCUCGAAGAGCAAAGCCAGUGCGAUUGUCUGUGGCCUUCUCAACACAUUCUUAGCAAAUAUUUAGUCCUAGAUUUUAAUUCUGAAAAGUCCAUAGAAAGCUUUAUUAUACUGAUGUGAAUAUAUAAAGAGCUAUAAUUGUAUAUAUUUUUGCUUGGUUAUUUAAAGUGUUGCUUUGUAUAAAGUAUUGUGUAAUUUAAUUGGUUCACUUGUUCUGUGUUUUAUUUGCUUGAUUCUCUGAACAUUUCCUAAAACAUGAUGUAAUUUUAUUAAUAAACCUAAAUAUUUUUAUAUUGAA